GUCAACGCUGACUAUCAUCCCUGUUGGUUUUUAAAUUCAUAAUAAUAAUUAUUAUAAAUAUAUAAUAAUAAAGCAGUAUAGCAAUCCGAAUAAAUAUGCAAGAAUCAUAUCCAAUAAUAAGGAAAGUACCAACACACAUAAUAACUUGGGGUAAAUGGAUUGAAGAAUCACUCGGAGAUUGCAAAGAGAUAGUAAUAUGUAUCACUGGGAAUCCUGGAUUACCCGGAUUCUACACAAAAUUUUUAUCAACUGUGUACGAAUGCCUCAACAAAGAGAUACCUGUGUGGGUUAUCGGUCAUGCCGGUCAUGAUGAGGCUAGCGAAAGCCCAUACAAAAAACCUGUUCCUCCGAUGAAAAGCAACGAAAAUUUGUACGAUCUCAAAGGUCAGUUACAACAUAAAAUUGAGUUUAUCCGUAAAUAUGUCCCACACGAUGUAAAAAUACACCUCAUCGGACACUCUAUCGGAUGUUAUCUAGCAUUGGAGCUUUUAAAAACUGCUGAAGUAAGCGAACGCAUUCAAUAUUGCUAUCUUUUAUUUCCAACGAUUGAACGAAUGGCUGAGUCAAUUAAUGGUUUUAUUCUGAUGAAAAUGGUGAAGCCAAUUUAUUUUUGCAUACGAUGGUUUUAUCAGUUGUUUGCUUUGCUUCCAAAUAUUGUCAAAAUUUGGUUGAUCUACGUAUACUUUCUGUUCACUCGCACUCCAAAAUAUUAUUUGGGUACUGCGUUGAAAUACACAAAUCCUGCAGUUAUGGACAAAGUUUGGUUUUUGGCCAUGGACGAAAUGAAUCUUGUUCGUGAGUUAGAUCAUGAAACCAUUGCAAUAAAUAAUCACCGACUGAAAUUUUACUACGGCGCCUCUGAUGGUUGGGCUCCAUCGAAAUACUACCAUGAGCUUAAGCACAAGUUUCAAGACGUCAAUGCUGAGCUAUGCACUAGGAAUAUUGAUCAUGCAUUUGUACUACGUUCAGCGGAUAUAAUGGGUUUUAUGGUUGGUGAGUGGAUACUGAAACAAAGAGUUAUUCUUCAGUGACUGUUUUGUUUGACUGAUUAGGGAAUAACACGAAUAUACUAAUGUAUAGUAAUAAACGAUGUUAAAUUUUUGGUUCGAACAAACUUUUCAAAAUGACUUAUAAUGAAAACCAACUACUCACAAGAUAUGUGAUGGGAAAAAGAAAGAAAAAACAAAUAAAUAGCUUCGAAAACA